AUGAAAUUAAACUUAUCUAGAGCGAAGGAAAAUAACUCUAAAACAAAAAAUCCUAAAAAGCGUAACAUAGAAAAAAAUAAUACACCCGUUAAAAUAGCAAAAACUGAUUUUGAUAAUACAGAACUUAAAACAAAAGACAAUAAAAAAAAGCUUGAGUUAUCAGAAAGUUAUACUUCAAAAAAUGAAGAUGAAACUCUGAAGAAAGGAAGAGAAUUUAUUGAUGGUAUUUCAAAAGAUGAAGACAAAAAUAAAAAUAUUUUAUCAAAAAAACAAACAGAUGACAAAGAUAAAGUAAUAAAAGUAUAUAAAAAAAAAGACAGUAUAAAAAACAAGAAAAAUGAUAAAGGAAACAAAAAUUAUGCAGAAGAAACUAAAAAAGCAAUUAAAAAAAAAAAUAUUGAAAAAGAGAAAAAUAAAGUAGGAAAAGUAACUCAGAAAAAAAAAGGAAUUUUAAAUAGUAAUAAUAAUAUGAAUCAACAAAAGGAUUCCAUUUUAAAAUUAAAAGAAAAUGAAAAUGCUAAUAAUGCCUACUCUAAACAGAGGUACAGUGAAGAUGAUAACGACAAUAGUGAUUUAGAUGAUGAAGAAAAAGAUGAAAAAGCUGAAGAGGAAAUAGAAAGAGAGAAAGAAGAAGAAGAGGAAGAAGAAGGAAGAGAAAUUGAUGAAGAAGCAGAAAGAGAAGAAGAAGAAAGAGAAAAAGAAAAAGAAAAAGAAAGAAAAAAAAGAAACCCCCCAUCAAAAAGUGAUACUUCAAAAGAGAGCGAUGACAAUUAUGAUGAUGAUGAUUUAGAUGAUGAAGAAAAAGAUGAAAAAGCUGAAGAGGAAAUAGAAAGAGAAAAAGAAGAAGAAGAGGAAGAGGAAGGAAGAGAAAUUGAUGAAGAAGCAGAAAGAGAAGAAGAAGAAAGAGAAAGAGAAAGAGAAAAAGAAAAAGAAAGAAAAAAAAGAAACCCCCCCUUAAAAAGUUAUGCAUCAGAAGAGAGUAAUGAUAAUUAUGAUGAUAAUGAUUUAGAUGAUGAAGAAAAAGAUGAAAAAAUGCAAGAAGAAAGAAUAAUUGAUGAAGAAGUGGAAAAAGAAGAAGAAAAAGAUGAUGAUGAAGAAGCUAGUAGAAAUUCACGAGAAAUAGAAAGAGAAGAAAAAAAUGAAAAAUCAAAAGAAAAGAUUAAUAGCAAUAGAAAUCAGAAAAGUGAUAGUGAAAGUGUUGCUAGUGAAAACAGUCAUAUAAAAAAGAAUGACCGCUUAUUUUCUUCAUUAAAUGAAUCAAAUUCACCUAAUAAAUUAUUUAAUAACGAAGGUAUAGAGAAAUUAAAUAUUUUUGGAAACAUAAAUAUAGAUAUAGAAAAAUUAAGAAAAAGUUUAAAUAAAAAGAAAAAUCUCACUGAUGAAAAAAAGGAAGUUAAAAUGAGUGCUUCAGAAAAUGCCUUUGAAAGUGAAGAAACAUUAUAUUCGGAAAAUAGUAUAAAAAUAAGCAAAUUUAUAAAGAAAAAUGAAAAAUAUGACUGGUCAGGUUAUUUACCAGUAAAAAUACAAAUAAUGAAAAAUAAAGAAAAUGGCAAAUGCAGAAUUUUAUGUUUUCAAAAAGGAAGUGGAAGAUUAUUUUUAAAUACAGAUAUAUUUAAAGGCUUCAAAAUUAUACCAACAAAAAAUAUGUCUGCAUUAUUUUGUGGAAGAGAUAUAUGUGAUGAAAAAAAAUUGAGUCAAUACAUCGUAACAUUCCUAAACAGUUCCUCAAGAGAUGAAUUUGUUAAGAAAAUAGAUGAAAUUACAAAAAAAAGUUAA